UAAAAUAAAACAUUAUUAUAAAGAGCAAUGCAAUUUUUUUAUCUGCCGACCGCGUAUUCCUGUUGGCUGUCUUCGCUUUUUAAUCAUCAUUAUUGACUAAACUAGUCUCUCGUUUAAUGAGCGUUUAAUUCAAAUUCUGGCUUCUACACUUAUUAAAUUUAAACGAUAUACCAACAUUAGGUCAACAAUGACGGUUAUUUGAGCUAUUUUUUUGUAUGUAGAACACUGAGACUAGUAUUUAUAGCUCUAAAUAAUUUUUAAUCUUUGAUUAAAAGCGUAAUUAAUUACAGAUUCAUAGAAUGUGAUAAAUUAUUCUUUCGAUCAAAAAUCGAAAAUUAUUAUGACUAUAAAUACCAGUCUUAAAGCGCGGAUUAAGCUAAACAAUGCACCUUAUACGCUUUCAAGAAAUACAUUUGUCGUAUUUAGCAAGUCAAAUAUCGAAUAUCGCAUGUCGCAUCAGCUCUGACAUGCAAGCGUUACACAACAAAAUUCGUUAAGAUUUUGGAUGAUCGCACAGAAAUUAUAAAUUUUGACAUAUAUUCUUAACGUCAAUGUUACCGACUUUCAUUUUGUAACAACAUCAGACUGUUUUGAUGGUACUUUAUAUAUCGGUACUUUAUAUAUAUUUUUUCCAUUUGCCUCUCCAGUCCUCCACGAUAAGUCGAUGGUGGAGGAAAUGAAAUAUCUUAUCGUCUAAAGUCCAAUUGAAGAACUUGGUUCAAGAUAGUAUGUUAGUGAAGCCGGCUACGUAAACAUCAGUAACCGAACGUAUUAUUAAUUGAUAUAUCGGCUAAUGCAUAUAACUGGCAAUUGUUUUGUAUGAAUUGUUUUACGAAAUAUUGUGUGCACUUUGUAAGUUUUAACUUCAGAGCAUUCUAAUAACGUUGUGAUUCUAGCCCGAACACUUCUUGCACUUUCUAUUAAAGACGACGAAUUGAGAUUUGCAGAUUACGAGUUGUGUAAUUAAUCACACCGAUAAAUAAGACGUGCCAUUAUAAAAGUAUGGCUACAUACGCAUUUCGUAGUAUUCAGAAGCUGAGUCAAAUGUCCAAUGCAGGAAUAAGGACGUUGAACCCCAUAUUAAGAUGUUCAUCAACUUCGUCGCAAACUAAAAUUAUAACGGGACCAAAUAAUGAAAAGAUUAUUAUGCCCCCGGAUGGAGAGGCUUCUUACCCGGAAACCUUGAUCCACGAGUUCGUUUGGAACGAUAGCGAGAAUUAUCCUAAUCAUAUUGCUUUGGAAUGUGGCAUAAGUGGCAAGAAGUACACGUUCGCGCAAGCCAAGGAUGCGACAAGUUAUAUAGGCAGAAGUUUACGGAACAUGGGUCUCAAAAAAGGUGAUGUGGUAGCACUAAUGGCACCCAAUUUUCCGGAGACAGUUUUAGGUUUACUUGGGAGCAUGUCCGGCGGACUCAUUGUCACUACUAUAAAUCCACAGUACACGGCUGAGGAAACGCAGAAACAAUUGUUGAAAGUUAAUGCAAAAGCAAUGAUUAUGUCGACCGAAAUUGCAUCCAGAGUGCUCGCUACAACAAAGGCAUGUCUUCCACGUGAAACUCCAUUUAUUGUGAUUGACGAUGGGACUGGUCCUAUACCAGACGGUUUAAUACCUUUUGAUGAUCUCAUAACGCGAGGCAAAUCAUUGUCACCUGUAAAUCUAAACACUAAUUGUGACGAUGUAGCGCUUUUACCAUUUUCAAGUGGCACUACUGGAUUACCAAAAGGCGUUAUGCUAACACAUCGCAACCUGGUGUCUAAUAUAAUGAUGAGUCGUACUUCUUUACAAGCAUUUCAGCCUACUACAAGCACACAUCAAGAAGUAGUACCUGCAAUACUACCCCUUUUCCAUCUUUAUGGAAUAAAUGUUAUAGCAUUUCCACGUCUCGCUUUCGGCGGGAAAGUAGUAACCAUCCCAAAAUUUCAACCGGAGACGUUCGUAAAAGUCUUAGAAAGAAACAAGAUAACUGCAUUGUAUUGCGUACCAACCAUGGUGCUUUUUCUAACGUCUUCGCCUCUCGUGAAGAAGCAUUAUUUCGAUCAUAUGCAUAUGAUGAUGAGUGCUGCCGCGCCGCUCGCCAAAACGGACGCCGAUAGAUUCUACGAGAAACAUAACGUUGACCCAAAUGUUUUAAAGUUUCGUCAAGGUUACGGAAUGACAGAAAGUUCGCCAACUGUGUGCAUAGAACUUGGACAGAAAUAUUCUAGUGUUGGGAAAAAUGUUGCCAGUUGCCAAGUACGCUUGGUGGACAUAAAGACACAGAAGGAUAUCACUACUCCAGGUCAAACCGGUGAAUUAUGGAUCAAGGGACCUCACAUUAUGAAAGGAUAUCUAAAUGACGAAGAAGCUACGAAGAAUAUUAUAACCAAUGAUGGAUGGUUGAAAUCGGGCGAUGUCGCAUAUUUCGAUGAAGAUUUUGAUUUCUAUAUUACAGACAGAUUAAAAGAACUCAUCAAAGUCAAAGGAUUUCAGGUACCGCCGGCGGAAUUGGAAGCGGUACUGCGGACGCAUCCAGACGUGAAAGAAGCAGCAGUGGUAGGUAUUCCGCAUGAGAGAUAUGGCGAGGUACCAAAAGCAUUCGUGGUGGUAAGCAAGGGUAAAAAGCCUACGGAGGACGACAUUAAGAAUUUCGUAAAAGGAAAGGUCUCCGACUACAAGCAACUGAAAGGUGGAGUCACAUUUAUUGACGAUAUUCCGAAAAAUCCGAGUGGAAAAAUUCUAAGAUCAAAGUUAAAGCAAGUCUACAAAUCUUAACACCAUCAAUGUAAUAUCGUUUUGAUAAAAUUAUUUUAUUUAAUUGUGUUU